AUGGCGGAAAAGGGGACCAUCCUCAAUAUCACCAGGAACCUGAAAAAUGCUGUCUCUGCCAUCCUCCAGGGAUAUGGGGACAGGCAGGGGCCGGUGACAGACACCAGCGCUGAGCUUCACAGACUCUGUGGCUGCCUCGAGCUGCUGCUACAGUUCGACCAGAAAGAGCAGAGGAGCUUCCUGGGGGCUCGGAAGGAUUACUGGGACUUCCUGUUCACUGCCCUGAGACAGCAGCGGCGAUACACUGAGCAGACCAGCUUCGUAUGCUCACAGGACAAGCUGAAGACCUCUCUGGGAAAAGGCCGUGCCUUUAUCCGGCUCUGCCUUGCCCAUGGACAGCUGGCUGAGUCGAUGCAGCUGUGCCUCCUGAACCCAGAACUCACCAGGGAAUGGUAUGGCCCCCAGAGCCCUCUGUUGUGCCCUGAGCUCCAGGAAGACAUCUUGGACACUCUCUAUGCCCUCAAUGGAGUUGCCUUCAACCUGGACCUGCAGCGGCCAGACCUGGAUGAAGCCUGGCCCAUGUUCUCAGAGUCCCACUGCUCCAAUCCCAGCCAGACCCAGGAAAGAAGAGCCAGAAAGCCCAAGCGUUUCCCAAAGGAGGUGAGAUUCUCCAGAGGAGAACAGCUGCAGGCACUAGACACCAGAGGAACCAGCUGUCUGCAUGAUGCAAGGAGAGAGGUCUGCCCACCUGACCUCACUACCCCCUUGCAGCAUGGUGAUCUUCCCACCUUUCUGGAAGAGAAGAGAGAGGAUCCCAGGAGCCUCCAUUGUUCCCAGAGCAUUUGGGAAGCAGAAAGGGAGGAAUUUCUGCUAGACCAGAAGGAGGGAGACCCAAAGACAGGGCAGUUCCUGCCACAUUCAACAGCCAGCAGCCAGCAACAGAGAGAUGGUGCUAAGGAGGCUCAGCAAGAGGUGACAAGAAUGAAAGAUGAAGGCAAAGGAAGUCUGCCAGGGACAGAAGGUCAGAGAACAACAGAAGGGAUCCAGGAAAAGGCAACAGAUUGGGACCAUGACCAAGGGCUGCUGGCCCCCAGCCUGCACGGAAGAGCAGAAGACACUAAGUUAGGAACCAUGCAGGGGUGGGAUCAGCCUUGUGUUCUAGGGCAGACCUGGGUCCUGCAAUGUCUGGGAACAAAGAAAGGCUCCACCACAGAGAAGCCACAAGAGUGGACCAGAGUCACCAGUGUGAGCCUGCAGGGGGAUCAAGCAGAAGCGCCCUUGCAGCAGGAGGUGAUCAAGGACCCCAAGUACAAGCUCCAGCUGGAAGAGGAACAGGUUCAAUGCCAGGAGCAGCUGCUGAGGGCACAGAAAGGAGAGCUGCAGGUGCUCCAGGAGCAGCUCAGCAGGUGUCAGACAGAAAGAGCCCAGUUACAAGCGAUGCUGGAACACAGGCAGCAGGAGGCUGAGAGGAGAAACGCCAUGUAUGAGAAGGAGCUCGAAGGACAGAGGGACCUGAUCCAGGCCAUGAAAAGGAGGGUGUUGGAACUGAUUCAUGAGAAGGACCACCAAUGGCAGAGGCUCCAGCAGCUGUCUACUAUGGCCCCAGGACACUGCGUGGGCUGCAACAAGGUCUUCAGACGCCUGUCUCGGCGUUAUCCUUGCAGGCUCUGUGGAGGCCUGGUUUGCCAUGCCUGCUCUGUAGACUACAAGAAGAGAGAGCGCUGCUGCCCAGCCUGUGCCCAGCGGGAAGAAAUCCAGAAUACCUGACCAAGCUAGCAGCCACCUCCCCAGUCUACUCCCUCCGCUCCUCUUCCUAACCCUGAACUCUGACCACUCUUUACUUCUGGAAGCUGGAGAGCUAGGGACCCCAGCACUGCUAUGUAUGUGGGGGUUGGGGAUAGAGGGAACAUCUGGCAGCCACAGAUAGGCCUGGUUCUGCCUUUCCUGGGUCUGGUGUGAGGAAGACAUGCUAUGACCUCUCUGUAAAGUCCCUUGAGGCACAGUGAGUCGUGACUAUGAAUAAGAACCCAGGGCCCAGCUGUU